AUGUCGACACGAGGUUCAGCCAUGAGUGUGUUCCCACCUGUUCGCAAGGACCGCGUCAUCCCGCAGCUCCCUCACUGCUUCCGCAAGGAUGCCGCGCUCCAUGUCGAAAGCGACUUCAACCCCAAAGUGAAAGCUGCAUGCCAGGAGCAGCGCACUGGCACAGUCGGGUUUAAAAUCUCCAAGGUUAUCGUAGUUGGCGACUUAGCUGUGGGCAAAACCUGUCUAAUUAACAGGUUUUGCAAGGACAUUUUUGACAAGAAUUACAAGGCCACCAUCGGCGUGGACUUCGAGAUGGAGCGCUUCGAGGUGCUCGGCGUUCCUUUUAGCUUGCAGCUGUGGGAUACGGCAGGUCAGGAGAGAUUCAAGUGUAUCGCUUCAACGUAUUACAGAGGAGCGCAAGUUGUGAUCAUCGUGUUUGAUGUUACUGAUGUGGCGUCUUUGGAGCACACCAGGCAAUGGCUUGAAGAUGCCCUGAGAGAGAACGACCCCACAGCAGUUCAGCUGUUUCUUGUUGGCACCAAGAAAGAUAAGAGUUCACCUGCUCAGUACUUGAAGAUUGAACAGGACGCCCUUCAGGUGGCGCAGGAGAUGCGAGCAGAGUACUGGGCGCUCUCAUCUCUGACAGGGGAGAACGUGAAAGAGUUCUUUUUCCGGGUGGCAUCGCUGGCGUUCGAAACAAAUGUCCUUGCUGAGCUGGAGAAGAGCGAAACGAGGCAAAUAGGCAACAUCAUCAAAAUCCAGAGCAAUACUAGCAACCUAUAUAACACAUCCAAGAAGAAGAAACAACCGGCCUGCUGUCAGUGA